AUGCAGUAUCUGUCAGAUUUCUCACACUUACUCCGUGAAGCUGCUAGAAUCAGCAUGUUGCCAAAAUUUAUGUUUAUUACCAUUUUGAUGGUAACCAGUCGUUUCAAAUUGUCACAUCAACAAUGCUCGUCGCUUAUCCCCGAAGAUGAAAGAGUUGAUUGUCACCCAGAGCUCGGAUCAAACCAGCCAGACUGUGAGCUAAGAGGUUGUACGUGGUGCGAGGCAGAGCUGACUGGUACUCCGUGGUGUUUUUACGAUAACGUCUACACGAUACCAGCAUCAGAGCGAAUCGAUUGUUACCCUGAAGGUGGGGUCACUGAAUCUACAUGCCACGCGAGAGGAUGUAUUUUUGAAACCGAUUAUAACACUGAGGCCUCUUGGUGCUAUUUCCCCUUGGAGAACGGCUAUAGGAUGGUCGGUUCACCCGUUGGUACCACGAUGGGUUACAGAGUUACAUUGCAGAAGAUCAAUACGUACACGAUGUUUGGCGGCGAUAUAGUAGAUCUCAUACUAGAUGUGGAAUUCCAGACAGAUGACCGAGUCCGUGUCAAGAUAUAUGAUCCAAAUAAUGCACGGUACGAGGUUCCACUGACCAUUGCUUCGCCAUCAGUAAUGGCAGCAAAUCCUAACUAUGACAUCAUUUUUGAUGCCGGUCCAGCAUUCUCAUUCAAAAUCAUAAGAGUAUCAACAGGAACUGUAUUGUUCGACACCUCUUUAGGUGGUUUUGUAUUUGCCGACCAGUUUAUACAGAUUUCAACAAAGUUACCAUCAUUCAAUCUAUAUGGGUUUGGAGAGCACGAACAUCCUGCUUUCAAACAUGACAUGUUUUGGGAGAAGUACCCAAUGUUUGCAAGGGAUCAACCACCACAGCCUUAUGCCAACAUGUAUGGUGUUCACCCAUAUUACACUGUGCUAGAAAAUGAUUUCAACGCACAUGGUGUAUUGAUAUUGAACAGCAAUGCUCAGGAAUUCGAUCUUCAGCCAGCUCCCUCUAUAACAUACAGAACAAUUGGAGGAAUCUUAGAUAUCUACGUCUUUCUGGGCCCAACUCCAGAAAACGUCGUUCAACAAUAUACAGAGGCGAUAGGACGUACCUUCAUGCCACCGUAUUGGAGUUUGGGAUUCCAACUGUCACGUUAUGGAUAUGAUCAUAUUGACGUGCUCAGGGACACUGUUGACAGGAUGCGACUAUAUGACAUACCCCAUGAUGUACAAUUCGGCGAUAUUGAUUAUAUGGAUCGCUAUAUGGAUUUCACUUACGACACAGUGAACUAUGCUGGACUACCCGAAUAUGUUGAUGAACUGAAAACUGAGGGAACUAAUUACAUAAUUAUCUUAGACCCGUGCAUCAUGACCACUGAGCCAGCUGGCACGUAUCCUGCGUACGACAAGGGCAGUGACUUUGAUAUAUGGGUGAAGGAAGUAGACGGUGUCACGGAUGUACUUGGAAAGGUAUGGCCGCCGGAUGAGGUGAGUUUCCCCGAUUAUACCCACCCCAAUGCAGAGCAGUGGUGGGUAGACCAAUGUUAUGAUUUCUAUAAUGUCAUCAAAUACGACGGACUAUGGAUCGAUAUGAAUGAAGUUGCCAAUUUUUACAACGGAGACAGAGAUGGGUGUGACUAUAAUAGUUUGGACAAUCCACCAUACAAGACAAAGGCAUGGGGCCAGACACUAUCAGACAAGACCAUUUGCAUGGAACACAAGCAAUAUGCUGGCAAUCACUACGACCUGCACAGUCUCUACGGUUUGACAGAAUCACCACCUUCCCAAAGCGCCGCACGUAUCGUGACGAAGAAAAGAAGUAUAGUUAUCACACGGUCGACGUUUCCCGGAGUUGGUCAGUACGCUGGUCAUUGGUUGGGCGACAACUACAGCAAUUGGCCGAAUAUGCAUAAGUCGAUAAUAGGUAUGCUGGAAUUUAACAUUUUUGGAAUACCAUACAUUGGUGCUGACAUCUGCGGCUUUAUUGGUGAUACAAACUACGAACUCUGUCUGCGUUGGCAGCAGAUUGGAGCGUUUUAUCCAUUUUCAAGAAAUCACAAUGGUUAUGGAUAUAUAGAACAAGAUCCUGGUGUCUUUGGGGAAGAUUUUGCAACCAUUGCAAAGGCUGCACUACACGUUCGCUACAAUCUGAUGCCGUUCCUGUACACCCUUUUCCACGAAUCUCAUUUGAACGGAUCAACAGUUGUCCGCCCGUUAAUGCACGAGUUUGUUACUGACCUCACAGCGCACGAUAUAGAUAGACAAUUCCUGUGGGGCCCGGCACUUCUCAUCACGCCUGUUCUCCUUCAGGGCAUGACAGAGGUUUCAGGUUAUUUUCCCGAUGCGAAAUGGUACGAUUAUUACACUGGGAAUGACAUUGGUGUACGCUCACAAAUCGUUGUGCUUAGUGCUCCUCUCGAUCACAUAAACGUGCACGUACGAGGAGGUUAUGUAUUGCCGACACAGGAACCAGGAAAUUCUACCUUGUUUACUCGUACUAAGCCCAUGGGAUUGAUAGCUGCCUUAGACGAUAAUGCCUCUGCAUCCGGGAAUUUGUUCUGGGAUGAUGGAGAUACACUUGAUACUUAUGAAAAUGGCCUGUAUUUCGAAGAACAUUUCAGCGCCACUGCGAACGAGUUGAGCGGAAAUAUCGUUACUGAUGGAUACACUGGUGUGGAUUCUCUUGUUUGGGGUAACAUCCGGGUAUUUGGAUUAAGCACCCUGGUCACUGAAGUAAAAAUAAACGAUGUCAGUCAUCUAGAUUUUACGUAUGAUCAGACAACCCAGGUACUUAACAUUGAGAAUGCCGGCGCACCGCUGAAUAUUAACCUGAUGGUAACUUGGCUUUAAUGUAAAAUGUAUUCCUACGUGACAUCAAUCAUUUACUUUUAGUUAUGUAAUUUACUAUGCAAAGUAGGACACGACAGAUCUGUUUCAAUAAACGUGCAUUAUAAAAAAAACA